AUGGCGGCGUCAGCUCCCUCACCAACCUCCUACACAUUCUCUAAACGCUCUGCUUUUCUCAACUCGCCGAAACUUCUUUCCGGAUUCGCCCUCACAUUCUCUCACAACCCCCGGAGGCCCGCCGCCGCGUCCACCUCCACCUCGCACCGCCGGCAGGCGCUCCAAAUUUCAAGCGUACUCACUUCCCCCGCCGAAAAACUCAUCAAUGAGGAGACUUUCGUUUCCCGAUUUGCUGCCGACGAGCCUCGCAAGGGCUCCGACGUCCUGGUGGAAGCGCUCGAGCGGGAAGGAGUCACUGACGUCUUCGCCUACCCAGGAGGCGCAUCCAUGGAGAUACACCAAGCCCUGACGCGCUCCACCGUCAUACGCAACGUGCUCCCCCGCCACGAGCAAGGCGGCAUCUUUGCCGCCGAGGGCUAUGCCCGAGCCUCCGGCCUCCCAGGUGUCUGCAUCGCCACAUCGGGCCCCGGGGCCACCAAUUUGGUCUCCGGCCUCGCUGAUGCUCUUCUGGACAGCGUGCCCCUUGUUGCCAUCACUGGCCAAGUCCCCCGCCGCAUGAUCGGCACUGAUGCUUUCCAAGAGACCCCAAUUGUAGAGGUAACUCGUUCGAUCACCAAGCAUAACUAUCUCGUUCUCGAUGUUGAGGAUAUUCCUCGGGUUGUGAAGGAGGCUUUCUUCAUUGCACGGUCGGGAAGGCCCGGACCUGUUUUGAUUGAUAUCCCGAAAGAUAUUCAACAGCAGAUGGUGGUCCCGAAUUGGGACCGGCCUAUGCGUUUAGGCGGCUAUCUGUCUAGGCUGCCUAAGCCGCCAAGUGGUAUGUUGCUGGAGCAGGUAGUUAGGUUAAUAUCUGAGUCGAAAAGACCGGUCCUUUAUGUUGGUGGCGGGUGUUUGAAUUCGAGCGAAGAGUUGAACCGGUUUGUGGAGCUUACAGGAAUACCUGUUGCCAGCACGUUAAUGGGUCUCGGGUCUUAUCCAGGCUCGGAUGAUGAGAUUUCAUUGCAGAUGUUGGGGAUGCAUGGAACUGUGUAUGCCAACUAUGCUGUGGAUAAGAGUGAUUUAUUGCUGGCUUUUGGGGUCAGGUUUGAUGAUCGCGUGACGGGCAAGCUGGAAGCAUUUGCCAGUCGGGCGAAAAUUGUCCACAUUGAUAUUGACUCUGCCGAGUUAGGAAAGAACAAGCAACCACACGUCUCGAUUUGUGCUGAUAUUAAGUUGGCAUUGGAGGGCUUGAAUUUGAUAUUGGAAGAAAAAGGUUAUGGGGGUAAUACUUUCGGCUUCUCAGUCUGGAGGGAAGAGCUUAAAGAGCAGAAGAAGAAGUUUCCCCUGAGUUUCAAGACAUUUGAGGACGCCAUUCCUCCCCAGUACGCAAUUCAGACACUUGACGAGCUGACGGGUGGGAAUGCAAUCAUCAGCACUGGCGUUGGACAGCAUCAGAUGUGGGCCGCACAAUUUUACAAGUACAAUAAGCCACGCCAGUGGUUGACGUCUAGUGGCUUAGGAGCCAUGGGCUUCGGACUCCCAGCAGCAAUCGGAGCAGCUGUAGCAAGGCCAGAUGCUGUUGUGGUGGACAUUGAUGGUGAUGGAAGUUUCAUCAUGAACGUGCAGGAGUUGGCCACCAUCCGCGUGGAGAACCUUCCUGUUAAGAUUAUGUUGUUGAAUAACCAGCAUUUGGGCAUGGUGGUCCAGUGGGAAGAUCGGUUUUACAAGUCUAACCGGGCACAUACUUAUCUGGGGAAUCCAUCUAAUGAGUCGGAGAUUUUCCCAGAUAUGAUGAAGUUUGCGGAAGCGUGUGAUAUACCUGCAGCUCGCGUGACAAAAAAAGGUGAUCUUAGGGCAGCAAUUCAGAAAAUGUUGGAUACUCCUGGGCCAUAUCUGUUGGAUGUCAUCGUACCUCAUCAAGAGCAUGUGUUGCCCAUGAUACCCAGUGGUGGUGGCUUUAAAGAUGUGAUCACAGAGGGUGAUGGGAGAACGAAGCACUGA